AAGCCUGUGGAGCGUGAACUUCGACGAUUGACGCCAUCACCGUCUCCGACACCAAUUGCGCCACGCAUCGCCGUCCACAACCCCCGCAACCAUGAGGGCAGCUUCCAGACUCUUCGCCGCCGUCAAGCCCGGCCAGUUCCUCGAGGCCGGCGCCCCCACUGGCCUCACAGGCCUCGCUACACACCCGUCGCCGCGCUCGACACUGCUCCACCACUACCACGGCACCCUCACCAAGCUCCAGCAGAUUCCCGAGUCCUCCGUCUACCGCCAGUCGACCGAGGCGCUUACCCGCCACCGCCUGAAGAUCAUCGAGGAGUCGAAGCCCAAGGGCUGGGACGCAUGGCAGGAAAUGAUUAGCUCGCAGGUCGCCGAGGAUCCAGAGCACUUCCACACCAUUCGCAGCGAUGCCGGUGUUACUGUUGUCGCGCCCAAGCUCCAAAAUGUCGACUACGGCCAGAACCGGAAAGCCGAGUGGGACGGCGAGGUUCCGCAAUCCUUCCCUGAGGGCAUCAAGUCGCAAAAGGAGCGCAGGAAGCACAUCAAGGCCCUAAAGGGCGACGUCGACUACAAGCCUGAGCGCACUGUCUCGCCCGUUACCUUCGCGCCUGAGCCGCGGUACACAAUCGAGGCCAUCUCUGACUUGGAGAACAAGAUCGGUGCUGGUCUGAUUGAGGAGGUCAUCCAGGUUGCUGAGGCCGAGCACACAUUGGUGGAGGAGAUGAUCAAGUCCAAGGUCUGGGAGCCACUUGAGGAGCCAUCCCCUGAGGGCCAAUGGGUGUAUGCUGAGCGUGGUACCCACACUGGUACUACUCAAAAUCCAUAGAGAAAAUUACGAAGCGAAGAUGUAAAUAGUAAGAAGGCUUGUACUAGUUAACAGUUUGGUUCCCCC